CAAGACUUCACAGCAGAAACACUACAAGGACUAUUGUCGCUAGGAAAUGUCCCGCCCUAACAGGAGUCGUUCGAGCCUGUGUAGGGACCUGAUAAGAACUUUUUUUUCUUAUUUUUUUUUUUAAACAGAAAAGCAGGUUGAUGUUUUUUUAAUUCAUAUUUUACUUACAUAUUUCAAUUUUUGGGAUCCUUAUUAUUAACCCGCACAGUAGGUGGCGGAAUGCACAUCACAUUGUUGCGAACGCCAUUAUACCACAGAAGAAGAAGAACAAUUGCGAGUAACUCCCGCUUCACUACAUUGUUGUCAUUUAUCAACAUAUACGGCUUGUUUUUUGCACGUUAUCCUUGGAAAUUGAAUAGUAUUUACUUCACACAAGGAAUACGCAUCUGUAAUUUGGGCUAGACAAGAUGGCGAGCUGCAAUUUUCAGGCGCAGUUGGUGUCGGUUAUGGAGGUAUUGGCUAAAGCAGCAGUAGCAGAAAUAAACAAACGUGUAGAUGAUAGCUGUGCUGUUAUACGUUUGGAAAUGACCCAAAGCCAGCGAGAUAUUGAUGUACUGAAAAGGAAGUGGCAAAUGAUGGAGAGCGAGCUGGAGAAGACGCGCAGACGAAAAGGUUUUUACCCCGUGGCUUCAGACAGAUCUUCAUAUCCAGUCAAGAUUGUUUUGAAAAAACAGAGGAGUAACUCACAGUGCAGAGACGAAGAGCUGGCUGUUGAAGAGGACUCUCAACCCCAGCCUACUGAUGUGGAGCAGAGAGUGGAGACUGAACCCAUACUGAUCAAAGAUGAGGAGACAGCAGAGGACGUGUGGAAGACUGACCCUCAGGAAGAGCUCAGGAUCACUGGAGAGGAGUCUGGUUCCAAGCCUGGGAAACCACCAUCCUUUGAGCAACGGCACUGUGAUGAGGACUUCAUCACACAACCCAAUAUAUCUCCCAGAGACUCAGUGGAACAUUACCCCAAUUCUGAUCGUCCAGAGGAACCAGGCACACCCCGGCUCGCAUCUACAGAGGUGUUCAGUACAGAGCAGCACCGGCCAGACAAGGACUCACUAGACCUAGUUAUGGUGAAAGAGGAGGAGUUGGAUCAGACCAUGACCCUGGCAGGACCUGACCAGUUUGUCAUGGAUGAGACUGAUGGGCAGCUGUGGACCUCUGUGGAUACAGGCAGAGACACUGACCCUGAUGGUCACCCGGAUUUCUCCUUUCAUUCCACAGAAGAGUACUCUCAGAAUAUCUCAAUGGUCCCGUCUCAUAGUGGGCUGCCAUCUGUUCCUACUAUGACAGAUGAUGUAGGGCCAUCGCUUCACUCUUCUAUAUGGAAACCACAUGCAAACAUGUUCAGUGCAACAGCACACAUGAAAAGACAUGUCAGGACAUUGGCUGAUGAGACUAGACAACAGAUGCCAGAGGGACAGAGCAGUGAGAUGCUGAACUCAAGUAAUGUAGGUAAUAGUGUAGCUCUACAGCCAAGACUGCAUCAAUACAGGGCUUCAGAAGCAACAGUGAGAUUGAGUGAGUGCAUGACAGGGUCAAACAUGGCCACCACCUCCACCUUCUCUGGAUACAGCCUGAGUCACAGUAGUUUUAACAUGGUGAAGAGAAUGAGGAGUCAGUGGAGAUCAGGUGGCACCACUGAGAGGCGUUUCAGCUGCACCUUUUGUGGGAAGAGCUUCCAGCGUCUCUGCCAGCUCAAAGAACACCUCCGGAGUCACACCGGAGAGAAACCGUACACCUGUGAACAGUGUGGCAGGAGUUUUACCAAGCAGUGCAACCUGAUCAGACAUGCUAUGGUCCACAGUGGGGAGAAACCGUAUGAGUGUACACAGUGUGGGAAAUGCUUCACCCGGCGCUCCAAAAUGACGUCACAUCAGAGAACUCACAUAGCAGAGAAUGCAGUGUCUCAAUACAUGGUACCCGCAUACCCUGGGGAUCCACACACAAGUUUAAUGUAGUCUCAGAACAGAUGGAACAAAUAUAAACUGAAUUGCAUUGUUUUUCGCUAACACUUUCUGUGUGAAAUUGUGGUACAGAAGGUAUUUUGAGACGUUUUGACAAGUUUUUCCUCCGAAUUGAUAUGUGAAUAUGUUUUCAUGUUUGACUGAUGGCUCAUCACUUUCAUUAUAACAACUUAUUUACAACUGGUAACAAUGUGUGUUUGUACCACAAAAUCAUAAAAACAACGUUAUAUAAUAAAUAAUCAUAUUCAUUUCAUGAGAGUCAAUCUGCACUUUUAGAUGAAUGAUAAUACAUGGGACAAUUAUAUAGCGCUUCUCAAUGACCUAAAGUCUAUUUAGAAUUGUAGAAACUAAAACAAAAAGACCACUACAAGACAACACCAGCAGGGAGAAACUUAAAAAAAUGAAAAGAAGGGGGAGGGCCUUAAAGUAGGGAAAAUAGUGUGAUGUGUCCUCAGUCCUCGUCUUUUUUUGAAAAAGGUCCAAUGUAAUGGAGGAGUAGCGACGGGGAGAGUGAUGUACAUAAAUGUGCUUGUAUUUAAUGAGACAGUCCUUGUCCACUUGAGCAUCAUCAGGGAAGGACGGUUACAGGGAUGGAUCCCAAAAUAAAUGAGUAAAGUGAUAAUUUGUUUAAGUUAGUUGUGCAAGACAUUUUAUAGAUAAAAGGAUAAAUAGCAUAUCAUUUUUAAAGGUGAACUGCACUCACUGAUUGCGCUUGUGAUACUUCCGGUGCUCAUUAAGAAAUACAGCAGCCAUUCCUGAAGGCCAAAAUAGUUGUCUUUGUGGUUUAAUGUGGAUGUUUCUUUGCCCCUUCAAUCACAACAAACAAACAGGGACAAGGCUGAUUAACAGUGAGUUAAGCUAGCUUUGAUACAAUUGAAUGCAUUCAACUGCAAUGUGUAUUUUUAGGGGUAAUCAGAGAGGAGCGGGGGGCUACCUUAAUCAACAUCCACGUCAUCGGCACCUGUGGAACAGUCUUGCUCAGGGAUAGGAUGACAGAUUUUUAACAUGUCAGCCCAAGGAUUCGGUCCAGCAACCUUUUGGUGACUGGCCAAACGCUCCUACCCACCAGACUACCUGCCUGACUUAGAGGUUUUGAAGUUAACUUCUCUUGAUCUCAAGAUGAUCUGCUAAUUCAGUUCUAUGUGUAGACUAAAGCCUGUGUUGACCUUGUGUUUAGCCAACCUGACAGCAGCUAGCUAGCUAGCACAGUUUCGAGAUAGGCUUGCUGGGUGAUAUUUCUCUGUCAAAUCAGUUACAGUGCAUUCAGAAAGUAUUCAUAUCCAUUGACUUAUUCCACACUUUGUGUUACAGCCUGAAUUCAAAAUGUAUUAUUUAAAAAAAUUACACACUACCCCAUAAUGAUAGUGAUAACAUAUUUUUUUGCAAAUGCAUUGAAAAUUAAAUACAGUAUUCACAUCCCUGAGUCAAUACAUGUUAGAAUCACCUUUGGCAGCGAUUACAGCUGUGAGGCUUUCUGGGUAAGUCUUUAAGAGCUUUGCACCUAGAUUGUACAAUAUUUGCAUAUUAUUAUUUUUUAAAUUCUUCAAGCUCUGGCAAGUUGGUUGUUGAACAUUGCCAGACAGCUAUUUUAAAGUAUUGCCAUAGAUUUUCAAGCAGAUUGUAACCACCCAUUAACAUUUUAAUGUUGUCUUGUAAGCAACUCCAGUGUAUAUUUGUUAUUAUAUCCAGAACAUAAAGUUUAUUUCUUUGCCACAUUUUUUGCAGUUUUACUUUAGUUCCUUAUUGCAAACAGGAUGUAUGAUUUUGAUUUUUUUUAUUCUGUACAGGCUUCCUUCUUUUAGCUCUGUCAUUUAGGUUAGUAUUGUGGAGUAAUUACAAUGUUAAGCUGUCCUCCAUUUGAUCCUAUCAUUCAUUCAACUCUAACUGUUUUAAAGUCAUCAUUGGCCUUGCCAUGAAAUCCCUGAGCAGUUUUCUUCCUCUCUGGCAACUGAGUUAGGAAGUCUGGCUACUGAGGAUGCCUUUAUCUUUGUAUUGACUGGGUGUAUUGAUACACCAUCUCAAAGUGUAAUUAAUGCUCAAAGGGAUAUUCAAUAUCUGCUUUUUUUUACCCAUCUAAACUCAGCAAAAAAAGAAACGUCUCCUUUUCAGGACCCUGUCUUUCAAAGAUAAUUCGUCAAAAAUCCAAAUAACGUCACAGAUCUUCAUUGCAAAGGGUUUAAACACUGUUUCCCAUGCUUGUUCAAUGGACCAUAAACAAUUAAUGAACAUGCACCUGUGGAACAGUCAUUAAGACACUAACAGCUUACAGACGGUAGGCAGUUAAGGUAACAGUUAUGAACACUUAGGACACCAAAGAGGCCUUUCUACUGCCUCUGAAAAACACCAAAAGAAAGAUGCCCAGGGUCCCUGCUCAUCUGUGUGAAUGUGCCUUAGGCAUGCUGCAAGGAGACAUGAGGACUACAGAUUUGGCCAGGGCAAUAAAUUGCAAUGGCUGUACUGUGAGACGCCUAAGACAGCGCUACAGGGAGAUAGGAUGGACAGUUGAUCUUCUUCGCAGUGGCAGACCACGUGUGGCAACACCUACACAGGAUUGGUACAUCCGAACAUCACACCUGCGGAACAGGUACAGGAUGGCACCAACAUCUACCCGAGUUACACCAGGAACGCACAAUCUCUCCAUCAGUGCUCAGACUGUCCGCAAUAGGCUGAGAGAGGCUGGACUGAGGACUUGUAGGCCUGUUGUAAGGCUGGUCCUCACCAGACAUCACCGGGCACAAACCCACCGUCCCUGGACCAGACAGGACUGGCAAAAAGUGCUCUUCACUGACGAGUCAUGGUUUUGUCUCACCAGUGGUGAUGGUCAGAUUUGCAUUUAUGGUUGAAGGAAUGAGCGUUACACCGAGGCCUGUACUCUGGAGCGGGAUCUAUUUGGAGGUGGAGGGUCCGUCAUGGUCUGGGGCGGUGUGUCACAGCAUCAUCGGACUGAGCUUGUUGUCAUUGCAGGCAAUCUCAACGCUGUACGUUACAGGGAAGACAUCCUCCUCCCUCAUGUGGUACCCUUCCGGCAGGCUCAUCCUGACAUGACCCUCCAGCAUGACAAUGCCACCAACCAUACUGCUCGUUCUGUGCGUGAUUUCCUGCAAGACAGGAAUGUCAGUAUUCUGCCAUGGCCAGUGAAGAGCCCUGAUCUCAAUCCCAUUGCGUAUGUCUGGGACCUGUUGGAUCGGAGGGUGAGGGCUAGGGCCAUUCUCCCCAGAAAUGUCCGGGAACUUGCAGGUGUCUUGGUGGAAGAGUGGGGAAACAACUCACAGAAAGAACUUGCAAAUCUGGUGCACUCCAUGAGGAGGAGAUUCACUGCAGUACUUAAUGCAGCUAAGUGGCCACACCAGAUACUGACUGUUACUUUUGAUUUUGACCCCUCCCCCCUUUGUUCAGGGACACAUUAUUCCAUUUCUGUUUGUCACAUGUCUGUGGAACGUGUUCAGUUUAUGUCUCAGUUCUUGAAUCUUAUGUCCAUACAAAUAUUUACCCAUGUUAAGUUUGCUGAAAAUAAAAGCAGUUGACAGUGA